UCUCAAUCCAUGACUAUCCCGCUACUUCGGGUUCCUCGGCUGAAUUCCGUUUGCAAAUGGUGUGCCACAGCCCUUUGUAGUUCAUUGAAUGUUCCCUUUGGUUGGAGAGUUUGUUCCUAUUCCAGGGACCCCACUUGCCGGAUAGUUUCAUGUUUCCUUCACCCAACCACAAAAUCAGAUGAAGGCAAACUCAACACGCUCUCAGACCCCAGCCAUGCUGGUAGCUACGGAACACUAUGCUUGAAGCAGAGGCUUAGUCUUGCUGUCUUGGUUCCAUGCUCUUUGGCGAAUGAGACACGAUCCAAGUAGCCAACAUCCUCAUCUUACCCCUCCCCGGAAAUCCAAAUCCAAGAUUCUUCCAGUGCUCUAUUCAGACAAUUUGUCCUGCAAGCAACCUCACUCCGUACAGUGUAUCAUGACCACAUAUUGUCAAUAACACCUCUCUGCGUCAGCGCGUAUGAUGUACAUGCUGUACAAAGCAAUAGCCAGAUCGACAAUACUGUCAUUCCCCACACUGCCGCCUAAUGCCGACACUUCCGACAUUUCCGACACUGUGGAUCAUCAUAGCAUAGGCUCAGUCGUUGUGGGAUCGCUGGUACCAAUAACGAUCAUUUCUACACUGUUUGCCUUUGCGAGACUACUUGUCAAGGGAUGGGUACAAAGACGGAUCCAAUACGACGACGGGAUUCUACUUUUGGCAGUGGCAUCGGGAUGGACAACGACCGGUACCACGCUUAAGGCUGUCUCGAUGGGACAUGGCAAACAUGUUGCCCUUCUCACAGAUGCGCAAAAAGAGGAAGCAUUGCGGUGGCAAGUGAUGUCAUUUGCCUUUGGAAUUAUUGCCCUGGCGCUUCCGAAGGUUGCCAUAGUAGCCCUGGUCAAUCGACUUCUUCAACCAAACCGACUUCAUCGGUUUUUUCUCUGGAUAAUGGUGUUGUUGUGUGUCACUGGACUACUGGGAAAUGUCAUUGGGCUUUAUGCGAAAUGCCCGCAAGAGUCAGUGGUGCAUAUAACAUUCACCAAGACGGCGUGUCUUGGCCCUGAAAGGGCGGUUGCGUAUUCCAUAUCCACCAGUGCUAUCUCGGCUGCCACGAACGGGUACCUUGCUAUUUACGCUGCAUUGGCUGUUCGGAGGCUGAAAGUAACUCGAAGAAAACGACUUGCGUUGGCAAUUUCCCUGGUAUUAGGUGUUUUAGCACUACUUACAGCAAUUUUCAAAUGCACGAGACUGAAGUCUCUUGGCAGUCCUGAUUUCACCUAUGACUCCGCAGACCUUAUCAUUUGGACAAGUCUCGAGGCCAAUGUUGUUAUCAUUGCGGCGUGCAUCCCGGCACUCCAACCCCUGAUCGAUCAUCACUUCCCGGACCAUUUGUCAACUCUAGCUUCGUCCCCAAGCGUCACUGCUUCUCGAACAUCAACCGGAUCGCAAGGCAAAACUUGGUAUGGAUUCAGUGACGUGGAGGCGGGGAGGGGAUUGAGUCUUUCGACUCAGGCACCCGAAAUGAUUAUGGUCGAGAGGGAGUUCGAAAUUGCGUACAGCAGGACUAACAGCGGUACGACACCUUGCACGUCCGACAUUUCGAUGUCAAGCAUGCCGCCGGAAGAACGACUGCAGAUCGUUAAAGACCACGCCCCAGGCGGACCAGUAACGACGACAGUGGUGGUGAACUUUUCAGCCCGCCCACCAAAUCACGCGGCGUUCCCCGCGAUUUAGAUAACGUUUAGAUAGUAAUGAAAAUCAGUGAGCAAAUCCAUCGA